CAGUCCAGCCAGACGGCUCCCCACACUGUAAAUGAGGACAAUGUUCACUGGCACACGUGAGGAGGGGAUGUAGAGGGCAGUGGCACCGGCCACUCCUGGCACCAUGGACGAUGCCGCGGUCCUAAGGAAAAAGGGUUACAUCGUAGGUAUCAAUCUCGGCAAGGGCUCCUACGCAAAAGUCAAAUCAGCCUACUCGGAGCGCCUCAAGUUCAACGUGGCGGUCAAGAUCAUUGACCGCAAGAAAACGCCCACCGACUUUGUGGAGAGAUUCCUUCCUCGGGAGAUGGACAUCCUGGCAACUGUCAAUCACCGCUCCAUCAUCAAGACCUACGAGAUCUUCGAGACCUCAGAUGGGCGCAUCUACAUUGUCAUGGAGCUUGGGGUCCAGGGAGACCUCCUUGAGUUCAUCAAGUGCCGGGGGGCCCUGCAUGAGGAUGUGGCUCGCAAGAUGUUCCGCCAGCUUUCCUCAGCCGUCAAGUACUGCCAUGACCUGGAUGUUGUCCACCGAGAUCUCAAGUGCGAGAACCUUCUCCUUGACAAGGACUUCAACAUCAAGCUGUCUGACUUCGGCUUCUCCAAGCGCUGCCUGCGGGACUGCAGUGGGCGCAUCAUCCUCAGCAAGACCUUCUGUGGGUCGGCAGCGUAUGCAGCCCCCGAGGUCCUGCAGGGCAUCCCCUACCAGCCCAAGGUCUAUGACAUCUGGAGCCUGGGUGUGAUCCUCUACAUCAUGGUCUGUGGCUCCAUGCCCUACGAUGACUCUGACAUCAAGAAGAUGCUGCGCAUUCAGAAGGAGCACCGCGUGGAAUUCCCGCGCUCCAAGAACCUGACGGGUGAGUGCAAGGACCUCAUCUACCGUAUCCUGCAGCCGGACGUCAACCGGCGGCUGCACAUCGAUGAGAUCCUCAGCCACUCAUGGCUGCAGGCCCCCAAGCCCAAAGCCAUGUCUUCUGCCUCCUUCAAGAGGGAGGGUGAGGGCAAGUAUAGGGCCGAGUGCAAACUGGACACCCGUCCAGGCUCAUGCCCUGAGCACCGGCUGGAUCACAAGCUGGGGGCCAAAACCCAGCACCGGCUGCAUGUGGUGCCCGAGAAUGAGGACAAAAUGGAGGACAGGCUGGCCGAGACCUCCAAGGCAAAGGACCAUCACGUCUCUGGAGCCGAGGUGGGGAAGGCAGGUACCUAGGGUGCAGAGGUCGUGGUGCAUGGUGGCGCCCACGUAAACUAAGUAGGCAGGUAGGAGCUGAAGAAGGCACAGGUGCAAGGAACAAGUAAAAUCUGUCAAUUAAACCACUAUUUUGAUUAC